CGACGCCUCACCAAAAUACAAGCUAAAACGCAGCGCACCGCCCUGCAGAGCAUAGGCAGGCAGCGGAUCGAAGCUCCCGGCCGUGCGCUGCGCCGGGGCCGGGCGCGCUACACGUACCUUCAACCAAUUCCCAGGGAGCCAAUGGCCGCCUCCUACGGCUCCGCCGUGGCCGCGGCCAUGCGCAGCGGCAACUACGUGGCCGCCGGCGGCGACGCCCCGGCGGCGUACGCGGACCUCAACGAGACGUCGCGCCAGGACCAGGCGCGGCACGCCGCGCUGCUGCGCCGCGUCGACGCCGAGAAGCGCGCGCGGCGCAUCGUCGUGCCCACGGGCGACAAUGAAGUAAGAGCGAUGCUGCGGAAGCUGGGGCACCCCGUCCGGCUCUUCGGCGAGAGCGCCGCCGACGUGCGCGAGCGGCUGCGUUCGGCGCUCGCGCGCGUCGAGAUCGAGGGCGAGGACCGGGAGCUCGUCGCGGCGCUGCUGGCGCAGCCCAGCGUGGAGGAGCUGCAGCCGCGGGCGGCUUCGGUGAGACGCGGGAAGGAGGAGGUCUACUCGGCCGCGUCGCGCGAGCUCGUGGGGGCGCGGCGGGCCCUCGCGCCCGGCACGUUCGACCGCGCGCGCCGGCGCCUGGCGGAGCAGCGUCUCCACCGAGACGACGCCGCGGCCGUCGACGCGCUCAACGAGGCCGCCGCCGGGACCUUCGCGAAAUUACGGUCGCUCGCCCUGGCCCAGUCCCAGGCCGCGGACGCGCGGCCCGUGGCGUCGGUGCGCAGCGCGCCGACGCAGAAUUUAGUGUGCACGGGCGGCUGGUCCGGGGCCGUGAAAAUCUGGGACGCGUCCAAGUGCGAGUGCAUAAAAAGCGUCAAGGCGCAUUCUGAUAGAUGCACGGGCGUGAGCUGGGCGCCCGACUCGUCGUUCAUCGCGACGUGCGGCGCGGACGGCGAGGCCUGCGUCUGGGAUCUGAAGGACGACGCGCCCCGCGCGCGGCUGCGGGGCCACCGCGCGCGGUUGGGCGGCGUCGCCGUGCACCCCGUCGGGCGGCACGUCGCCACGACGUCUUUUGAUCAUACCUGGCGGCUCUGGGAUAUUGAGACGGGCGUGGAAUUGCUGCUGCAGGACGGCCACGGGACCGAGGUUUACGGGGUCGCGUGGCAGCCGGACGGGUCGUUGGUGUGCACGGGCGACUUCGCCGGUCUGAUCGCGGUCUGGGACGUGCGGAGCGGCAAACGCAUCCACCACUUCCAGGGCCACUCGGGCAAGGUCCUCUGUUUGGACUGGCACCGGGACGGGUUCCACGUCGCCUCGGGGUCCGACGACCACACGGCCCGGGCGUGGGAUCUGCGGCGGCGGUGCGAGGCGUACGUGCUGCCGGCGCACUCGUCACUCAUUGCGGACGUGCGGUGGGCGCCGGCGUCGGGCGAGGCGCUCGUCACGGCCGGCUUCGACGGGAAUUGCAGGGUGUGGCGCCACCGCGACUGGUCGUUGCUGACGGAUCUCAAGGCGCACGACGGCAAGUGCAUGGCGUGCGACUUCGGGCCCAAUCUCGAUGACGGCGUGCUGGCGACGUCCGGCUACGACCGGACGUUCAAGCUGUGGGCCGGGGGCGACGACGGGCUGGGGGGGUACCGCUAA